AUGGCGGCAAAAAAGGGGGAAAAUAAAAUAAACACAAGGAAGGACAAAGAUAAAAAAGUCGACCCUAAAUUUGAAUCUAAAGCGGAAUUAAAAUCUGAUAAACGCUUGUCAAAUUAUUUCUCUGCUCAAGAGAAGGAUAGGAGACUAAGCCAAGUGGGCUCUACUAAACCUACAGAAGAAGAUAUGGUGAAUACUAGCCUUAUGGAGACAAAUGGUCUAAAUUCAUACAGCAAUUCCCCUCCAAGUGACCUCCUUAAUAUUGAUAGAGUCACUCUUAAUAACUGUUUUGACUCACAAAUGGAAAAGAUAAAGGGUGAGAUGCAACUUUUUACAACGACCUUUAAAGAAGAAAUAAAGAAAGUAAAUAUAAGAAUUACAUCCAUCGAAGAGAAAUUGGAAUGUUCAAUGCUUAGAAAUAACCUUAUGGAAGAUAAAAUUAAUUCCUUGGAGCAGAAAAUAAAUAACCUGGAAGCUAAGAUGGUUGACUGGGAAGACAGGUCGCGGAGGAGAAAUAUUAGGAUUAGAGGAAUCCCGGAAAGUAUAUCCAACCAAAUGUUGAUUGCUUACCUGACUGAGCUUUUAAACUUUCUAGAUAUGCAGCUGCAAAAUAUCCCAAUUAUAUUUGAGAAUGUUCAUAGACUGCCAAAAGCAAGAAGCCUACCAGCUCAUAUCCCAAGAGAAGUUAUUGUAAGUUUUCAUUCUCCUUACUUGAAGACCAAAUUCAACCAAGCUUUAAGGCUGAAAUCUUUAAAAGACUCAAAAUUUGAAGAGCUAAAAUGCUUUAAUGACCUAUCUCUGGCUACUAGAACUGCAAGGAAGAAAUUUCUAACUUGCACAGGCAAGCUUAGAGAUCACAACAUAAGCUACACAUGGCUAUUCCCUACGGGGUUAAAGUUUUAUUAUAAAGACAAUCUAGAAGCCUUUAAAGAAGUUGAUAGUUUACAUCAAUGGUUAUUAACAAAUAAGAUGAUAUGA